AUGGAAGGAGACUAUUCCACGGACCCUGAAUGGGCCGAUAUCACUCCAAUUGAACUGGAUGAUGGCUCCAAGUCUGGUAUUAUGCCGCUGGCCACUAUUGCCUACCCACCCGAGUACCUCGAGGCAACCUCAUAUCUGCGUGCCGUGAUGGCUGGCAAUGAGAUGUCCGAGCGGGCAUUGAAGUUGACCGAAGAUAUUAUCUCGAUGAAUCCAGCGCAUUAUACUGUAUGGAUCUACCGAGCGAAAAUUCUCUUCGCCCUGGAAAAAGACCUCAAUAAAGAGCUAGAAUGGCUCAAUGAAGUCUCAUUGAAAUAUCUCAAAAAUUACCAAAUCUGGCACCACCGCCAAGUGCUCCUCUCAUCACGAGAGCACUUCCCCACACUCCCAGCCAAAGAAGCCGACUUCCUCAUGGAAAUGUUCGCGCAAGACUCCAAAAACUACCACGUAUGGACCUACCGCCACUGGCUCGUGCGCCACUUCCAGCAAUGGGACGAGCCGCGCGAACUGCAAGACGUAGAAGCGCUCCUGAAAGCCGACGUGCGCAACAACUCCGCCUGGAACCACCGCUACAUGCUGCGGUUCGGACCGCGGGAUACGAGCGCCGCCGACGCGGGCAUGAUCAACGCGGGCGACAUGACCACGGGGCCCGGCGAGAAGGGCCGCUUACCGGUUGUGGAUGAGGAUCUGGUGGAUGGCGAGCUGGAGUUUGCUCAGCGGGCGAUUUUGCGCGCGCCGGAGAAUCGGAGUGCGUGGUGGUAUGCGCGGGGUGUUUUUAGGGCUGCUGGGAGGGGGCUUGGGGAGUGGGAGGAGUUUUCCGGGACGUUUGUUGGGGAGGCGGGUGUUAAGAGUACUCAUGCGCUUGAGUGGUUGGCUGAUGUUUAUGCUGAUGGGAGGGAGGGGUUGGCUGUUGGGAUGUUAACGAGGCUUAAGGAGGAGUUUGAUCCUAUUCGGGAGAAUUAUUGGGAUUAUCGGAUUCGGAAGUUGGGGGUUUCUGAGGCUGAGGUUGUUGUUCGGUAG